UGCCAGUGGCAGACUAAUAAUACCAAAAUAGACAGCGUGAGCAACGACCGACAUAGCUACAUCCCGAAGCAGAAAUGGCUGCCACCGGAGUCCUUCCGUUUAUCCGGGGGGUAGAUCUCUCUGGAAACGAUUUCAAAGGCGGUUACUUCCCCGAGCAUGUGAAGUCUAUGAGCAGUCUCAGAUGGCUGAAGCUGAACAGGACGGGUCUGUGUUACCUGCCGGAGGAGCUGGCUGCCCUACAGAAACUGGAACAUCUGUCCGUGAGUCACAACAGCCUGACCACUCUACAUGGGGAACUGUCCAGCCUGCCCAACCUCAGGGCGGUGGUUGCCAGGGCCAACAAUCUAAAGAACUCUGGAGUUCCAGAUGACAUCUUUCAGCUGGAUGACCUUUCUGUUCUGGAUCUGAGCUUCAACCAGUUGACUGAGAUCCCCAGAGAUCUGGAGAACUCCAAGAACAUGCUGGUUCUCAACCUCAGCCACAACAGCAUCGAUGCCAUCCCCAAUCAGCUGUUCAUCAACCUGACAGACUUGCUCUACCUGGACCUAAGUGACAACAAGAUGGACAGCCUUCCUCCACAAAUGAGACGCCUCGUCCACCUCCAGACCCUCAUCCUCAACAACAACCCCCUAAUGCACGCCCAGCUACGCCAGCUGCCAGCGAUGGUUGCCCUCCAGACUCUCCACCUGAGGAACACCCAGAGAACACAGAGCAACAUGCCCACCAGCCUGGAGGGGCUGGUACACCUGGCAGAUGUGGACCUGUCAUGCAACGACCUGGGGCGCGUUCCCGAAUGUCUGUACACCCUGAGCAGUCUGAAGCGACUCAACCUAUCCUCCAAUCAGAUCUCAGAGCUCUCCCUCUGCAUUGACCAGUGGACACAGCUGGAGACACUCAACCUCAGCAGAAACCAGCUCACGUCACUGCCGUCUGCUAUCUGUAAGCUGGGGAAGUUAAAGAAGCUGUAUGUGAACAGUAACAAGCUGGACUUUGAAGGGGUUCCGUCUGGUGUGGGGAAGUUAUCCUCCCUUCAGGAGUUCAUGGCUGCCAACAACAACCUGGAACUGAUACCUGAAGGGCUCUGCAGGUGUGGUAAGCUGAAGAAGCUGGUUCUGAAUAAGAAUCGUCUGGUUACUCUGCCUGAAGCCAUCCACUUUCUGACUGACCUACAGGUUCUAGAUGUACGUGAGAACCCCAACUUGGUAAUGCCCCCCAAGCCAGUGGACCGGACAGCAGAGUGGUACAACAUUGACUUCUCUCUUCAGAAUCAGCUGAGGCUGGCUGGAGCAUCUCCCGCUGUGGUAGCAGCUGCUGGUGGAGGAGCCAGCCCGCGGGACCCCCUGGCGAGGAAGAUGAGGCUGCGGAGGAGGAAGGACAGUAGCCAAGACGACCAGGCCAAGCAAGUCCUUAAGGGAAUGAGUGAUGUCACGCAGGAGAAGAACAAGAGCAUGGAGGAGAACGGGGACCAGAAGUACGGAGAGCUGAAUGCAUCGCUUGGAGCAGCGCGGCGUUGGGACAAGAGCCUGGAGAAACCACAGCUGGACUACUCCGAGUUCUUCAUGGAGGACGUUGGACAGGUACCAGGUGUGUUUGUGUGGCAGAUCGAGAACUUCGUUCCGAUGCAGGUAGACGAGGCGUUCCAGGGGAAGUUCUACGAAGCAGACUGCUAUAUUAUCCUGAAGACUUCCCUGGAUGACAAUGGAUCGCUGAACUGGCAGAUCUUCUACUGGAUUGGUCAAGAGGCCACUCUGGACAAGAAGGCGGGGUCAGCCAUUCACGCCGUCAACCUCCGCAACUACCUGGGGGCCGAAUGCAGGACCAUCCGAGAGGAGAUGGGGGAUGAAAGCGAAGAGUUUACCGCAGUGUUUGAUAACGACAUCUCAUACAUUGAGGGAGGAACAGCCAGCGGCUUCUACACAGUGGAGGAUACCCACUACACCGUCAGAUUGUAUCGUGUGUAUGGAAAGAAGAACAUCCGUCUAGAAUCAGUUCCUCUGAAGGCCUCGUCUCUGGACCCACGGUUUGUGUUCCUGUUAGAUACCGGUCUGGAGAUCUUUAUCUGGAGAGGAGCCAAUGCGACCCUGUCUGGCACUACCAAGGCCAGGCUUUUUGCAGAGAAGAUCAAUAAGAACGAGCGUAAGGGGAAAGCUGAGAUCACCACUGUGCAACAGAACCAGGAGCCUCCCGACUUCUGGGAGGUUCUGGGAGGACAACCUGAAGAGAUUCGCAAACACGUCCCUGACGACUUCACCCCCAUAAGACCCAAACUAUACAAGGUGGGUCUGGGGUUGGGCUACCUGGAGCUCCCUCAGAUCAAUUACAAGCUGUCAGUGGAACACAAAGACAAGGUCAAACUGGACACGCUGCCCGAGCUGCGACUGCUACAAAGUCUGCUGGACACUAAGGGAGUCUACAUCCUGGACUGUUGGUCUGAUGUCUUCAUCUGGAUCGGGAGGAAGUCUCCUCGGCUGGUCAGAGCAGCCGCCCUGAAGUUGGGACAGGAAGUCUGCUCCAUGCUACACCGACCCAAACACGCCACCGUCACCAGAAACCUGGAGGGGACAGAGUGUCAGGUGUUUAAGUCAAAGUUUAAGAACUGGGAUGACGUGUUGAAGGUGGAUUACACCAGAGCGGCUGAGAGCGUGGAGCAGGUGGACGGACUACAGAGCAAGGUGAAGAAAGAUGCUGAGAAGAAAGACGAGAUGAAGGCUGACCUCACCGCUCUCUUCCUCCCCCGGCAGCCUCCAAUGGCUCUUACUGAGGCAGAACAGAUGAUGGAGGAGUGGAACGAGGAUCUGGAUGGAAUGGAGGGGUUCGUGUUGGAGGGGAAGAAGUUUGCUCGUCUUCCAGAGGAGGAGUUUGGACACUUCUACACACAGGACUGUUACGUGUUCCUCUGCAGGUACUGGGUGCCUGUGGAGUACGAGGAUGAUGACAAGGAGAAGGAGAAGAAGGAGAGACAUGGCCACGGAGGAGAGGAGGAGGAUGGGGAGGAGGACAGGGUUGAGGAGGACUUCCAGUGUGUGGUGUAUUUCUGGCAGGGGAGGCAGGCCUCCAACAUGGGCUGGCUGACCUUCACCUUCUCCCUGCAGAAGAAGUUUGAGAGCCUCUUCCCUGGGAAACUAGAGGUGGUUCGUAUGACCCAACAGCAGGAGAAUCUAAAGUUCCUGUCCCACUUCAAGAGGAAGUUCAUCGUUCAUAAGGGGAAGAGAAAACUGAAGACUGACUCCGCUCAGCCCUCCCUCUAUCACAUACGCACCAACGGCAGCGCUCUCUGCACCAGGACGAUCCAGAUUGGAACUGACUCCGCCAACCUGAACUCGGAGUUCUGCUUCAUCCUCAAGGUGCCCUUUGAAAGUACAGAUAACCAGGGGAUAGUUUAUACCUGGGUUGGCCGGGCAGCCGACCCUGAUGAGGCCAAACUGGCUGAAGACAUCAUGAACUGUAUGUUUGAUGACACCUACAGCAAACAGGUGAUCAAUGAGGGGGAGGAGCCAGAGAACUUCUUCUGGGUGGGGAUUGGCUGUCAGAAGCCUUAUGAUGAAGAUGCAGAUUAUAUGAAGUAUGCAAGACUUUUCCGCUGCUCCAAUGAGAAGGGCUACUUUGCCGUGUCUGAGAAAUGUUCAGACUUCUGUCAAGAUGACCUGGCUGAUGAUGACAUCAUGCUGCUGGACAACGGGAAGGAGGUGUACAUGUGGGUUGGAACUCAGACCAGUCAGGUGGAGAUCAAACUCAGCCUGAAAGCCUGCCAGGUGUACAUUCAACACAUGCGUUCUAAGGAGACCGAGAACCCCAGGAAGCUGCGUCUCGUCAGGAAGGGAAACGAGCCACACUGCUUCACGCGAUGCUUCCACGGCUGGGGAGAAUUCAAGACCCCGCCUGCAUAGUGUGACAUUAGGUCCAGACACACGCGUACACUUAGAGCUUGGUCCUAAAGGGCAAUGUCAUUUUCUAUCUGUAAAAGAGGCCUAUUUCAUAUCAGAACAAACUCACAAUGCUUUAUCUGACUGAUGUCCCACCAUCCACCCUGGCCCCCCCAUUAUCCAUCAUCAUCCAUCCAUCCAUCCUGGCCCCCCCAUCAUCCAUCCUGCCCCCCCAUCAUCCAUCCUGCCCCUCACAUCCGGAGGAUGACUGCUGUCCUGGGGGAGGAAGAAGGGAAGUUUUGGUUUUUCUAUGUGCUUUUAGCAGGGCUGAAUCAUACAUGGUUAUUGAUUAUUACACGACGAUCGAUUGGUUUUAUGUACAGAUGUUUUUUAGUGGUUCUGGUGAAUUUGUUCCAAUGUGCUUAUCUAACAGCCAGAUAUAAUCGAUGGUUCCUGUCACAGGGGAUGUUUUUCAAACUGAUCAGAUGUCAGAUCUUACUAAGUAAUAAAGAUUUGGUGAUCUAAUCAGUGA